AUGCAGUACGAGCCGGAGAAGAAGGAGAUGAAGAAGGAGAAGGACAAGAAGGGACAAGAAGGUGGCGGAGAGGAAGACGAGGAGAGAAGCAGCCUCCGCCGUACAGGGAAGCCCCGAGACGAGCAAGGCACGCAGGGGGGAAAGACAGCUUCGGCAAAGCGAGGGACAAGAAGAGGGACGAAGGGACAGGCGGGAACGAUCGUCCUGGGGGGUUUAAAGAGAGCAGGCAAGCGUCAAGCAGGCAGGUCAAGAAGAGCCAGAAAGGGUCAAGCGGGCCAGGGACCAGGGUGCGAAAGCAGAGGGACCAGUCUGUGGAGAAACGGACAUAUCAGACGAAAGCGCCAGCAACACCAGGCUGAGACCACCCCUGGCGCCGUCUCGCCGUCUCGCCUUCGUCCUCGCCUUGGUCCUCGCCAUCUUCUCAGCUUCUCCCGUCGAGUCCUCGCGCCAGGAGAACCGAUAUCUGGUUGGCGGAACACCUGUGACCUCCGACCAAAUCUUACGUCAAGCCGAAUCCCAGCUUUUCACGAGACCAGCAGCGGCCCUAAAAUGGCGGGUUUGCUGCUCCAAAACGGCGCCAGUCGACCCGCUAAGAAAAUCACCACGGAGACAGACGAAAGGCCCAAGAGAGAUGCGCAGACGCUCAGAAGCAGAGGCGAUGAUCGCGAGAAACAAGCGAGGCGAGGCAGAAGAAGCAACCUGGACAGCGCGAGGAGCGAGGAGAAGCAGAAGCAGAAGCAAGCAAGAACAGGGACAGGACAGGCCAUGCGCGAGCGAGCUCUAAGGGGGCUGGUCGUCUGGAGCCGAGCAAGCCAUCCUCGUCCCUUAAUAGAUGCUAAUAUAAGACUAAAACAGUCUGAUGCUGGUUGGCCGCUCCCCCAGGAUGUGGAUGGACGACCUCGCCUACCCAGUCCAACCCAGGACUUGUACUCUGCUACUACGCUAGCUCGGCCAGGGAUUCUCCAGCCGUCCUGUCCCCAUCGCGAGACGGGGCUUGCAUCCAACCAGGAGCGAAAGAAUUAG